AUGAUAGAUUUGGACUACACCGCAGAUAUAAGUAAUAUAAUGCAAGUCCCAAGUAGACUCUCCCUUGUACUUCCCGAUUUUUCUUCGGCUGAUAAUGUCUCAGGUAUGGGGACUGGCAGCCAAGUCCUUAUUUCGGGCUCUAACAAGUCCGAUCACCUGUAUAAUCCGUAUGAUCUUCCUGUGGCUAGACCAAGUCUGGAGCCCCCACCAGAAUCCUUAGUGCUGGGACAGGUGGAGUAUCCAGACAUCGAUAGAUUUAGCAGACCCCUUUGCUCACCUAUCGGUGGCAACAAGGAAAACAGCAACCUCAGUCUCUUUCAAUUCCCAAUGAUAAUUUUGUACUACUUCAUCAGCAGCCUCUACAGUCCACCGGACGACGACCGGACCCUAAUCGAGCAGGCCCCGCUGAACGUCUCCGCAGAAGACUGUGAGGCCUCCCCGGCUGUGAAUUUGGAGGGUCAGUUGGAGGAGUUGGUAGUGCGUGUGGCGGCACUGGAGAACGCCCUCGCGAGGCAGAAUCGCCGUGAGCUCUUUUUCCUCAUCCUCCUUGGCACCUAUUUCCUCCUCAAGCUUGGUCGCUCUCUCCUCUGA